AUGUACCUCGUUUAUCUCGUACUUUCCCUCGCGCUUCAGAAAUGUGCAGCUGCACACCCUGGAACCCUAGGAACCGACCGCCAAAUCCAACACUUCGACUCUUAUCUGCUGGACUCCAACAGCACCUAUGUAAACGCGGCUAAUGUCUCUCACUACCAAGUCUCCGCAGAACCAGGCUUGGGUGAUACUGGCCACAAGAAAAUAGCCUUGAAGAUUGCCCAGAACACUGUGCCAAGUGGCGCUUUUCGUGUGCUCAAUGACUAUUAUGUUGGCAACAAUGGCGUUGCCCACGUCCAUUUCAAGCAGACAAUCCUCGGCAUAGACAUCGAUAAUACGCAUGUCAAUGUCAAUAUCGGACGAGGUGGAAAGUUGCUCUCCUACGGGUAUACGUGCUACUACGGCCCAACACCGACGCCCUAUGCUUUGAGAAAUGGUAGUCAUAUUGACCCUGUCAGUGCGCUGAAAGCGGUAUCGGAUAUCUUGAACCUCUCUGUGCAUAGUAGCUCCGUGUCGGCGCAUCCUGAAGAUCGGACUGAAGUUCUUGUAUUCAAGAACACUGUUGGAACUGUUGCUGAACCGACUGCCAGGCUGACGUACUUUAUGCUGCCUGAUAUGAGCCUCGUACUGACAUGGAGAAUUGAGAUCAACAUGGGUCAUGAUUGGCUUGUGACAUAUGUCGACGCAAUCACUGGAAACACAGUCUAUGGAGUUGUCAACUAUGUGGCCGGUGCAACUUACCAGGUCUAUCGGUGGGGUCUGAACGAUCCCACAGAAGGGAAUCGGACGAUAUUGAAAAAUCCGUGGGACACGGCAGCUUCCCGAUACACCUGGAUCAGCGAUGGGAAGCGGAACUAUAGCACAACCUGGGGAAAUAAUGCCAUUGCGCAUUAUAAUCCGACGGGAAACGCGUCCUACCUUGGCCUUUACCGUCCGAGUAGUCUCUCGCUCAACUUUGUAUCAUACAUUGACGCAGCAAUCACACAAGUGUUCUACACCGUGAAUACCUACCAUGACCUUUUAUACUUACUUGGUUUCACAGAAGCUGCAGGAAACUUCCAAGCAAAUAACCAAGGCCGGGGCGGAAAAGAGAAUGACUAUGUCAUUCUUAAUGUGCAAAACGGCGUGGGUAAAAAUAAUGCCGCAUUCUCGAGCCCGCCAGAUGGACAGCCAGGGACGAUGCAAUUGUAUAUGGGGGACUCGAGCCUAAUUCCACGAGACUCGGCCUUUGAUGCUGGGAUUGUCAUUCACGAGUACACGCAUGGUGUUUCCCACCGUCUAACUGGUGGCCCGGAUGAAGGUGUCUGUCUCGGAACAAAAGAGUCCCGCGGGAUGGGCGAGGGAUGGGGCGAUUUUAUGAGCAUUGUGGUCCGUUUGAAGCCGGAGGACCACCGCAACACAUCUUACCCCAUGAGCCCGUGGCCGACUGACAAGCCUGAAGGCAUACGCCUCUACCCUUACUCGACGCGUCUCGAGAUUAACCCUCUAAACUACACUAGUCUGAACGAUAUGGGAGCUGUUCACCAAAUUGGGACUGUGUGGGCGACAAUGCUUAACGAGGUCUUAUGGAACCUUAUUGAUGAGCACGGCCAGAACAGUGACUCCAAGCCGACACUCAUUGACGACGUUCCAACCGACGGCAGAUACCUUGCCAUGAAGCUAGUCCUGGAUGCUAUGGCCCUACAGCCAUGCUGGCCUACCUUCCUCCAGGCCCGAGAUGCCAUCCUGGACGUCGAUCUAGUUCUAACGGGUGGCAAGAACACAUGUGCGAUCUGGACUGCCUUUGCGAAACGUGGUCUCGGGUUGGGAGCUAGCUCUGACCUGGGAUUCUACCACAAUGCCAGCUACACCGUCCCUGUAACUGCUUGCAGCUAA